UUGUGUGUCCGGAGUCUGCGUGCAGUCUUCACUACAGCGGAGUCUUCUGUCUUUUUACAACAUUUCUCCGUCCAGGAAUACAAAAGUGAUGCUUCACCGUGACCGGCCGCAUACAGAGGCAGAGGAGGAGCAGCGGUGACAACUUUAUAACCCUUUCAGUCUCUUCCAAGGAGGAUAUUUAUCUCUUUUUUUCUUUCGACUUGAAGAAGAAGAAGAAGAAGACGCAGUGUUUUGCGUCUCUCCAGUAAUGUCGGACCGCUUUUAAAAACUUUUCUGUCUCCAUGCGGGAGAGGAAACACUUCGGAGUGACUUUUUUUUGCUACUUUUGCCUCAGUACGGAUUGAGAGCUGUCGUGUUUCAGUUCAGGAAUGAGUCAUUUUUCUCCGUAGCUCCAUGUAAAUCUUUCUGUCGUCCAGCUCUUCGCACAGCGGAUCCGCCGCUGCUCCUGGAUAUACGAGCACUUUUUGCGCAGUAAUUUGGUGUAAAUGGAUCGUCAGUCCAGUUUCAUUUCCAUUUGGCUACAACUGGAACUCUGUGCCAUGGCUGUUCUUCUUACUAAAGGAGAAAUAAGGUGUUACUGUGACGCGCCGCACUGUGUGGCCACCGGAUACAUGUGCAAGUCAGAACUGAACGCCUGCUUCACCAAGGUCCUGGACCCGCUCAAUGUAAACUCUCCCCUCACCCAUGGCUGUUUAGACCCCAUCGUGAACGCAGGGGACAUCUGCAGCAGCAGCUCCAGGGCAGCAGACGCCAUCAGCGGGGUCUCAGCGCUGGAGUGCUGCCACGACGACAUGUGCAACUACAGAGGCCUGCACGACCUGGCACACACCAGAGACUCAACAGAUCAUAGCCGGUACCAGCCGGACGGCAGCAACAGGAACCUGGUGACCCGGGUGCAGGAGCUGGCCUCGGCUAAAGAGGUGUGGUUCCGGGCGGCUGUGAUCGCCGUCCCCAUCGCCGGCGGCCUCAUCCUGGUGCUGCUCAUCAUGCUGGCGUUGCGAAUGCUGCGCAGCGAGAACAAGCGUCUGCAGGACCAGCGGCAGCAGAUGCUGUCGAGGCUCCACUACAGCUUCCACGGCCACCACACCAAGAAGGGCCACGUGGCGAAGCUGGACCUGGAGUGCAUGGUCCCCGUGACGGGCCACGAGAACUGUUGUCUGACCUGCGACAAGAUGAGGCAGGCCGACCUGGGCAACGACAAGAUCCUGUCUCUGGUUCACUGGGGGAUGUACAGCGGACACGGCAAGCUGGAGUUUGUAUGAUUCCUGCCGGGAACUAAUGAGACUGUCACCUCCCAAACAGCCAGGACUGCCUCUCAAUCGUUGGCUUCUGCUUUUUUUUUUUCGUUAAAAGACAUUCCCUUGAUUUUCGUCCAGUGGACUCUUGGGUUUGUGUUGUUUUUUUGUUUUUUUUUUAAACCAGUGGCGAAAGAAAUACGAGACUGAUCUCAUGCCGUGUGGUUUUUGCUAGAGGAGCACUUUACUUGAAAAUGAAAGGCAAAGCAACGAGGAGCUGUAUUUAAAAGUUGAGAGGGCAGGACUGAGGUGGAGUGAGAGCUCUGUCACUGCUCCGGAGGAUCCUGGACUUUUACACUGAGCGCUGAAGGAUUCCAAAUCUGUCUUAUUUGCACAUUUGUAAAAAAAGAAAAAAAAGUUGUCGUUGCUUAAAACAAGAAUUUUACACUGACACCAGGGUACAAAAAAGAACUUGUUUGAGGAGUAAAAAAUUCAGUGUUUGACUGUAGGUGUGCACACUCCUCUGUGUACGUUUCAUGAUUCAAGCUUAUUGUAAAGAUUUUAAAUAUAUAUAUAUUUUUGUCUGAUAAAACUGACCGGUGUGUGUCUUGUUCUGGGUGAAUGUCCAACAUCUCUCUCUGUGAUCAGACUAUAAGCUUGAUUGUGAGUGUGAAAGAAAAACUUCCAUUAAAAUGACUUUUUAUUUA